UGUCUUUGUACAUAUUCUGUACAGUAAAUUGUCUUUAUGAAGCGAACCAACAAAACACAAUCCACUAGCAAACAGAGCGUAGACUUUCCCCAAUGCAAACCCCCCUCGACAAACUAGCACGUGUUGUUUCUGACUUCAUACAUCACAUUUCAAAUACAAUAUCCCUCAGAAACAACUGUGUCUCACAAAAAGCAACAAAUAUAUCCUACAAAGAGUACAUACAUUGCGUGACUUAUUGGACGAUAUUUUGUUGGAGGAGUUUAACUUAUUUUGACCUCCUCAGGAUGGUGACGAGACGGACUAAUCUGCCUCAAUUAUGAUAUCGAUGCUUGUCAACAAAUAUUUAUAUUUCCCAUUAGUGUUGGCAUGAAGAUAUCAAUUCUUAUCGUUGUUUCUCAUACAUCUGCAGUAAAAAUCAAAUGAAAUGUAUGCACUGAUCCUUGUCAGGGCUUCAUGAAGAACUGUGUUUGUGUUACACAAGAAGAACGGUUUAAUCUGUUACAGUUUAUCAGGAAAGAAAAUCCGAGUGAGCUCAGGCCAGUGACUGUUGGUCUGUUAUUGCAGCACAGCUUACGUGUAAAACUGAUAACCUCAACUUUUCAUACAAAUUAAGUGAAUGGGUUUGAUUCCAAAAUAAGCACAUGAUUAUGCUCCAAGCCAGAAACAUAAUUUUCUUAAAAACAGAAGAUUUGGAAUUUUUGAAGUAUGACUUUCGUUACAUAUAUUAUGGUUAAGUUUAGUUUUAGGAAAUGUACGACACAGGGUGGCUAAUCCAAAGCUAUGUUUGAAUACAAAAGGGAUCAUUCUUCUAGGGUUACAUAAACUUAAAUGCAAAACAGAUUUUGGGAUAAGCUGUUUCUCCAUACCUUCGUCUCAUUCUGGUGAAGGGGAUAUUUAAUGUAGUGUUUCUUAAAUGGGGAUACUAGGACCAAUAGGGAGAUGUUUUACAGGUGGUGCAGUUGUUAGCAUGAUCACCUUGCAGCAGAAAGUGUUCCUGCUUCAAAUCCCUGGCAGGACAGGAGUCUUUCUGUGUUGGAGUUUGUGUGUUCACAAACAACACGUGGCUGUUUUUAAGAUAAGACUUUAUUGUCUGUUCUUCACACAAACUUGAAUUGCAUUACAAGCUCAGAAGUUCUCACAUCACAUCACAAUCAAAUCACACGUAAAGGUCAGGUCAUAAAAACAAGGUGAACUAGAUGAAUAGUCAUAGUGGGAAAUCACAGUGCACGAGGGGGUGUACAUGAAUAAUGUAAGGUAGUUGUGUAUGGAAAUGUGAAAGUGCUCAAAGUUGUGUUGUAGUACUCGAGAUCGGUCUUUUUUUUAAGGUUUCGGUCUCGUCUCGGAAUCGAGAGCAUUUUUACUCUGUCUUGUCUUAGACUGGGCGGACUUCAGAUUUUAAAUUAAGACCAAUCAAGACCACCGCUGACACAUCAUACCUGUGAUAAAAAGGAAAACACCCCUUUCUAAAAGAUCAAAAAAACGUCAAUGAAUUUGUAGUUUUGCUUUUAUCCCCGGUGGCGGCAGCAACCUUCCUGGUGAUACAGUCUAAAUGAGUGACACGCCACGUGCACACAAGAUGAUGAGUUCUCAGAGAUGUUUAUGGUCUUGGCCUUGUCUCGGUCUUGUCUUGGUCUCGGAGCACUCUGGUCUCAGAAAUGUCUUGGUCUCGGUUAGGGUGGUCUUGACUCCAACACUAACUCACGGUGUCUUUGUGAUGCAGAAAUAAGUUCAAAAUGUUUAAAUCAGACUCAUAUUUAUUUAUCACAUCUCAGCUUCUUUCAUUCAGAAUGCUGAAUUAGCUGUGCAAUAUUUGGUUAAAUUAAAAUAUGAGAAUCUGGUACACAAAGUUAGAUAAGCUAAGAGCCCUUCCUUAAGUGAACUGGAACUACCUUACAUGGAAAUGUUGUGCAGCCAAAACUUUGCAAUAUGUAAUAGUGUUAUAACUCUAUCAGAUUUGACUCUGUUUCCUUUUUGCCCCUGCAGUUCCUCAGACCAUCAACAAACAUUAAAACAAUCACAUAACCAACCCUCCAGACUCUGACCUCAUAUGUAAUUCUCUUCCACUGUUACAUGGGUUCAGAGAGGGAGAGGUUGGUGACGUGAAGCACCUCACUUAUUCCAGGAACUCGCUGCCCAAAGAUACUUCCUCUGAAAACUUUUCUAUCCUCUCUGGAAGAUGAGUUUUGAUAUUUUUUUAUUAAUUAAGUGAAGAGAGUGACAAACCAUGAAUGAUUAUAAACACAAGUAUAAAGUGUCUCCUUACAGUCACAUGUGAACCUGAACAAAUUGUUUGAAAUCAGCUCAAAUACAUCAGAAGGCAAAGCAAGCAGCCCUCAUAAUGAACUCUGCUCUGCAUAAAAUGAGCAGCUGGCAGCAGUAGCAGACAGUCUCCAGAUAAGGCGGUCAGUAGAGACUUCACCAGCAUGAAUCACAUUUUCUUUAUCGGCCAAGUCAUUGGCAUCUUCUCCAUCUCUGCCAUUUUGCUCUUCCUCCUGGCAAAGCUGGUCUGCCGCCAGCCGGGCAUCAUGCAGGACGGUUACGGCUACGCGGUGCUGAUAACGGGCUGCGACAGCGGCUUCGGGCACCAGCUGGCUCGAUGCUUGGACCAGAGAGGGUUUGUGGUCUUUGCCGGUUGUUUGUGUCCAGAAGGAGCCGGGGCCCGCAGCCUGCAGAGUCUGAGCUCCAAAAAUCUGAGAAUCCUCAAGCUGGACGUGACCAGUGAUGAAGACGUGAAGCAGGCGAAGAGGGUUGUUCAGGAAAACUUACCAGAGAAAGGCCUGUGGGCGGUCGUGAACAAUGCAGGCAUCUCCGACUGGGCUGAGAUCGAAUGGAGCACCAUUAAAGAUUUCCACAACAUGGUUGACAUCAACCUUUUCGGCUGCAUCAGGACCUCCAUCGCGUUUCUACCGCUGGUCCGUGCCACCAAAGGUCGGAUGGUGUUCAUGUCCAGCAUCUUCUCCUUCUUCAACUGCCUGAACAUGGGAGCGUACAGCGUGUCGAAGAGAGGGCUGGAGGCGUUUGCGGACUGCCUCAGGGUGGAAAUGGCCAGUUUUGACGUGAAGGUCAGCAUCAUCCAGCCCGGUAACUUCGGCCAAGCCACCAACAUCGUGAGGAUGAAAACGGCUUACGAUAUUUGGGAGAAACUAGACGACGAGCGGAAGCAGAGUUUCAACCAGCAUUACAUUAAACUCGCCAACGAGUACUUCCUGUCCACAUGUAAGAGCGGAUUCAAGAACGCCGACCUCGUCAUCAACGCCAUGCUGCACGCCGUCACGUCCGCUAAACCUAAAAGCAGAUACCUGCUGGUGUCGACGAUGGAUAUGUGUUUCUUCAAGCUCUUCCCGUUUCUCCCCACGGCUGUCACUGAUGCGGUGUUUACGCUCAGCUCCAUGUACACUAAAAGAAAACAAAUGCUACAUGCCAAAUCGGAAAGACGACUUUGAAGAAAUAAGGAAGCAUCAGAAGCAAAGGCACAAAUGAUUUGCUUUACUUCUUUUAAAAUGCACUCUUUUUGCUUAAAUUAUAUUUCAAUCACUGUUUUUAUUGUAUGUUUUAAAAUGUUUAAUUCAUCUUGAAGUGUCUGUUAGAAUAAAAAGUUUGUACCAUGA